AAAGACUCUCCUCGCUCCUCUCCAAGUCUUGCCGAGGUUCCUUUCCGCGCGCAACUUCCCAGCUCUUAUACAGCCGGGCCUCCCGUUCGAGCCUCUCGGCGUUCGAUUGGAACGAUUCAGGCCUCCUUGCCUCCUCUCUAGAAUGAACUGCUCCGACUGCCGCCAGCGCUUUCCCGGAGCCGCAAGUGCGCAGGCGCAAGGGCAGCCAACCCGGAAGGCGGAAGAGCCUGGUCCCAACGACUUCUGGGUGUGUCGGGGCGGAGAGUGUGUUAACCAAUGACUUGAAGAAGCAGGGAGGGCGGGAUUAGGGUCGCAGUUGCUUAACGCUACCGGAGUGGAAGGUGAUUUAAGAGAUGGGGUGAAGGGAGGUUCAAUGGCUCUUCGCGUCGCCGUCCCUCUGGCCCGCGGAAGUUAAGCAACGGAGAGGCGGGCCUAGGACCGGAAGCAGGAAGGAGGGCGCAGGAAGCAGGGAGCUGCAGACAGUUCUGUCGGCUUGUGGGUCUGUCAGUCCGGAGGGGCAGCAUGGAGAAGUUGCGGCUCCUGGGCCUCCGUUACCAGGAGUACGUGACUCGUCACCCUGCCGCCACGGCCCAGCUGGAGACGGCAGUGCGGGGCCUCAGUUACCUGCUGGCAGGUCGUUUCGCCGAUUCACACGAGCUGUCGGAGCUGGUGUACUCCGCCUCUAACCUGCUUGUGCUGCUCAAUGAUGGGAUCCUACGGAAGGAGCUUCAGAAAAAGUUGCCUGUGUCGCUGUCCCAGCAGAAGCUGCUGACAUGGCUGAGCGUGCUGGAGUGCGUGGAGGUGUUCAUGGAGAUGGGGGCUGCCAAGGUGUGGGGUGAAGUGGGCCGCUGGCUCGUCAUUGCCCUCAUCCAGCUGGCCAAGGCUGUGCUGCGGAUGUUUCUGCUGAUUUGGUUCAAGGCUGGCCUCCAGACCUCACCCCCCAUCAUUCCUCUGGACAGGGACACCCAGGCGCGACCCCCAGAUGGUGACCCCAGCCCUGGCAGCCAGGAGCAGCUCUACGUGGGGAAGCGGUCAAGCCGAGUCGUGCGAACCCUCCAGAACACCCCGUCCCUGCACUCGAGGCGCUGGGGCGCCCCCCAGCAGCGGGAGGGGCAGCACCAGCAGCAGCAACGUGAGGAGCUGAGCGUCACCCCCACCCCAUUGGGGCUGCAGGAGACCAUCGCCGAGUCCUUGUAUAUUGCCCGGCCCCUGCUGCACUUGCUCAGCCUGGGCCUCUGGGGCCAGCGGUCGUGGACACCCUGGCUCCUGUCUGGUGUUGUGGACGUGACCAGCCUGAGCCUCCUGAGUGACAGGAAAGGCCUGACCCAGAGGGAGCGGCUGGAGCUGCGGCGCCGGACUAUCCUGCUGCUCUACUACUUGCUCCGCUCCCCCUUCUACGACCGCUUCUCCGAGGCCAAGAUCCUCUUUCUGCUCCAGCUGCUGGCAGACCACGUCCCUGGCAUUGGCCUGAUCACAAGGCCGCUCAUGGAUUACUUGCCCACUUGGCAGAAAAUUUAUUUCUACAGUUGGGGCUGACACAUGUCCUGGGGUGGGGCGUCAGGAGGGGCAGGGCAGCAUGGUCUGCUGCUGUGGGCCAGGGGUGGCUCAGCCCUUGGUCCCCUGGCCCCUCUUCCCUAAUAAAACUGACUCUGGCCACGUCCAAGCAUGUGGCCUCUCUAUGCCCAUGCCCAGGGCACCUGGCUUUCCUGCCCUGCCUGGGCUCUGCUCACAGCCCCCAGUCCCCAUGAGUGCUCCCCAACGCCCUCAUGACUUUGAAUAGCCUCUCCAGUGACAGAGCACUGCAGCCCAUACUGUCACUGCAUCACCAAACCGCCACCAGGAACUGGGACCCAGGUUCCUUGAGCCAUCGAAAGCUGUUUAACACCUGAACAUCCCCGAGGCCCCUGCUGAGUCUGGGAAGUGGAGCCGCUUGCCUCAGCAGCUGCAGGGGCAAACUUUGCUCUCUCACCGAUUCCUGCUGAAAAUGGACAAGACUGAACCUGGGCAAUGGGAUGACAGCUGCCCAGUGCAUCUUCUGCCCAGAGCCUCCACUGCCCCUUCCCUCUGCCCCCUUCCUCUGCAGGGCCUGUGACUCCUGUGGCCCCAGGCCGUAGCUGCUAGCCAUCCUCGUGAUGCAGCCUCAUGGAUGGUGGGCCCAGCUCCAGUGCAGAGGGGCAUCCCAAGGCAGUCACCUCUGACCCACCACCCCCAGUCCAGACUACACUUCUAUUUGUUGCAACGCCCCAUGCGUUCUCAACUAUUGGAUGCAAACUGGCAUCUAACCCCUAGGUGAGCGCAAAAGGCUUUUUCCCAUAGGAAUGACAGUCAAGCCCCAGCCAGUCCUGGGGCCGAUGCUGGGGAGGGACUGGGAGCCUGAGCGGCUGUGAAAAAGAGCUGGGUGCAAGUUCAGAGGGGAUGAGCAGGGGUCUCCCGCCCUUAGCCUGCAGCUCCCUGCUUCCCAGUGGCAAAGUCCACCUGGAGCUGUGCAGGCUGCUCUGGAGGGUGGAGGUGCCUAGUCCAGACCAGGCAGGGCAGCAGGCUGGCUGCUUUCUAUCCUGUCCUUCCCCGACUGCCCCCACUGCUUCUGCUCUCUCUGCCCUGUAAACAGCCACACCUUUCCUGCUGGAGUUUCUAACCAGUCCGGUGGACCCUUCCAUUGUGAAGGCUUCGUGCCUUACUUGCUUCUGGGGUGUCAGUCAUUCUGCAUGUCCAUGCUUCAUCCUCCCCAGAAUACCCUGGGUGGAGAAUCCUGUUUGGGAGGUGCUAGCUCUGCUCUGACAUUGCUUUCCCCACCCUAGUCCUCGGCUGGGGAGCAAAAUGUGGUGACCCACAGGGUAGGGGCAAGGGCUGGACUUUGGAUCAGGACCAAGAGCUCCGGGGCCCAUGGCCUCUGCUGAGUUUAACCAGUGUCGCUGGGCAUUUGUCUGUUGCAAGCCGUGCCCGUGCUGUGCACUCAGAAAUGAGCAUGGCGCAGUUAGCUGCUCUCAGGCUCUCACUGAUUAACAAAGGAGGCAUGUAAAUGCAUGCAGUGCACGGGUUGUUGCAAUAGAAGUGUGAGCAAAAAUGUGAACUAGUGGUGGUGAGGACUGUGUGCCUGAAGAGAUGGGUGCAGGGAGUGACUGGAUGAUCAGGGAAGGCUCCUCGCAAUGCAGGAUUUUCAAGGAUGAACAGUGCUCAUUAGGCAGAGGGGAAGGAGGUUGUGGGUGGGGAACCAUGACCAUGUCACAGUGAAGUGUGAGGAGCUGUCGUGCCUGGGGCCCAGGGGAUGAGGUUGGAGGGGCACGUCAGGGCCACACUGAAAGCAUCGCAUGUCUAGGCUUGAAACGGGCCUGGCUUGUAGCAGGCAGUGGGGAAGGGGCUUGUUUUUAAACAUUAUUCCAGCAGCCUGGUGGAGGGUGGGCUGGUGGGUGGAACUGGGGGGACAUGAGCAUUGACACUGGGGGCAGAGACCUGUCUUGGUCGGAGGGUUGAAUUAAGGCAAUGGUGGUGGGGCUAGGGAGAUGAGGAUGUAACUGAAGCAGGCUUUGGGGACUGAUUGUGGACCAGAAGCAUCUAGGAGGCAAGAAGAGCUAAGGACAAGGGGCUUUGGAGACAGGCAGAGCGUGAACUUCCAGGUUCUUGGUGGGGCGAACCUUGGUGGGGGCAGAGGACACAAAGGCAGGCGCGUGGGAGGUGAGCUGUAAGAAGUUAGCCUGUGGGCUGAGAGCGCAGGAGAGGACUGGGCUGAAGGAAAACCCAGAACCUGUCAGCUUCCCGGGAUAUUGAACCAAGAGUGUGAAUGAGGCCACUCCUGGGGAGCCAGAGUUGGAAACAAGGGAUCUCCCUCUCUGGGCCUUGAGUGCAGCUCAAUUAAAGGGGAUGGACCAGCCAGUAGAUCUGCUGUUUUUGUAGAAGCGCCUGGGUAAUUAAAAAUAACGAUUCCUUGGGGUCAAGCCUCAGAUUUUGAUCCCACAGAACUGGAGCAGGGCCGUGGAUUUCCGUAACCAGAAACAAGAGGAUGAG